CUUUGACAGACUUAUGAGUGAUGUGUCCUUCUCUCUUACUUCCUGGUUUAAAUAUUAAUUUAAAAUUUAAUAAUUUAAAUCAAUCUUAGAAAAUGUCGAAAAAAAUCAUAGAACUCAAAGGUUCAUUUCUAAAACAUUGGUUACGAUAUUGGAAAAAUUUGUACAUUGAUUAUAAAGAUGUAGCUAAUAGUAUUUAUGAACAUAGCACGACCCAUCCUAUACGAACUGCAGUAUAUUUGACAUUUUCAGGUACCUCUUAUUAUUUGUCACAGCACAACCCAAACGAAGUAAUAUUUAAGGAUCAAUUGAUGAAAAGUACACAAAAGCUUUUACUAGUUGGUGGACCAGUACAAAAUCCUAAAAGCAUCCACUAUGUAAAAUGGCUUGAACAAUGCCACAACGAACGAAUAAUCCGAAAGAUAAAUUUUGGAAUUUUUUCCUUACUUUGGAUAGAUAAAUACGAUAAUGAUUGUAACCUUUAUAAAACAGUAUGUCCUUAUCUUCGACCUCCAUGGUCAACAUUUCAUGAAAGACUAAUCGAUUUUGGAUUAUUAGAUACUUGGUGGAUUUUGAAAAGCCAUAUGAUAAAUUAUGAUGUAAAUAAUCUAGAAUUUAUAUAAAAAAUAUAAUAUA